GUGCGUCAGACUCAAGUUGGCGUUUUUCUCAGUUUGUUGUUGAUAAUCUCGAUGAAAUAGCCAUUGUAGGCUAUUUAAAUCAGCGUAAAUGAUAUGAUGAUUUUGCUUAUUCAUGUUUCGGAGUGAUUGGACGUGUGUUGCAUGGAAAGCAGUGGAGGACAAACACCCAAUUAUCACCACUGCAGGUCAGUGUUAAUGCCUGAGCGCUGCCAUGGCCAACAGGGGACCAAGCUAUGGGCUCAGCCGUGAGGUCCAAGAGAAGAUCGACCAGAAGUAUAAUGCGGAGUUGGAGACUCGGCUUGUGGAAUGGAUCCUGGUCCAGUGUGGUGACGACUUGGAGCGACCUGAACCUGGCAAACAGAACUUCCAGAAAUGGCUCAUGAGUGGAACAAUUCUCUGCCGGCUCAUCAACAGUCUAUACCCCAGCGGUGAGGAGCCAAUUAAGAAAAUUACAGAAACUAAAAUGGUCUUUAAACAAAUGGAGAAAAUUUCUCAGUUCCUGCAGGCUGCUGAAGAAUAUGGUGUUACCAGGGGAGACAUAUUCCAAACUGUUGAUCUUUGGGAAGGAAAGGACAUGGCUGCAGUCCAGAGGACAUUGGUGGCUCUGGGAAGUGAAGCUCUCACAAAGGAUGAUGGGCAUUACCGUGGAGACAAAGACUGGUUUCACAGGAAAACCAAGGGCCACAAGCGUGAGUUUUCAGAGGAGCAGCUGCGUCAAGGUCGGAGUCUUAUCGGCAUGCAGAUGGGAAGCAAUCGUGGAGCAUCUCAAUCUGGCAUGGCAGGGUACGGCACCCCACGGCAAAUCAUGCGGUAUGACUCUCCUCGACACAAUGGAGAUCAGAGCAAUCCUUAAACACUACACCGUUUGGUAUUUAAAAUCUCCACUGGAGCCGAACAGCCAAAACUAGUGCUCCAGUUUAGGAGGAAUGUGUACGUGUGUGUGUGUGUGUAUAUAGAUAUAUGAUGAACUAAGGCUGCUUGCACCAGUCCUAGAUUUACACACAUUAGAGUGUUGUCCCUUCACCCACAAUGCACCAGUGCCGUCUGUUAUUGUUUCUCGGGCAAGCUCCAUAUUAUGGCCAAAUUGUGCAAAAUAAAUUGAAUAUUAGUAUCAAAAGGCUCAACUAUUAAAUAUGAAACGUGCAUCCUUCCUUUACGAACGGUACGCUGAACGUCUCGCGUCCAUUUACAGCUGCGUAUUUGGCUGAUGCUUUUAAACUGUGCUGAAGAUAUUCAUGUAUUCGGUUGAGGUGAUACUGUGCUGUUGCUAUCAAAUGUACACUAUUAUUGAUGUAUGCCAUCUAUGCUAGCAGAACCCGCCCAAACUAUUAGACUCAGGUCAUUCUAUAAUGUCCUCACAAAAUGUCAUUGUUGUGCAUAAUUAACUGAUGUCACUGUAUGGAACUGAUACUAUACAUUCCAGUGAUAAGAAAAUCAUGUCAAAACGAUAUAAAAAUUGUGGUAUUUAUGAAAUGCGUCAAAUCUGUUUUCAACUUUUGUUAACUUUCUGCAUUAACUAACGUGCAUGUAAAGUAACUGUGCUUCUGAUGCUGAGAUUGUAUUGCAGAUGUCACCAUUGUUUAUUGUGAAGCUUCAUGUUUGAUCUAUAUACAGUACCUUUGACAAUCAAAA